GCCAUGCCUUGCUUCCAGCUUUUCACCACUCUUUCAGCUCAGCUCGUCCACUACCCAUCUGCCGGGUAGAUACUUGCGUCUCAAUAUUCUCAUAAUUAAUUGAGGCAUCGACAGCAUACUUCUGGCAAUAUGAAGAAAAAGGUGCGCUUGUACGGUCGCGUACGUUUAAGGACGUUGGAUACUAUGGCUUGGAUCCUAGGUUCUGCUUAUGGGAGCUUCAGGGAGCGGAAAGACGUCUAUGAGGUCAUUGAUCUUUUCAAACAACCCCGCCUCCCUUACUACUCGCCUCGGCGCGACGAUAGACGUCGAACAGAACCACGUCCGCUUUUUGGGUGACCUCAUUCUCAACCUCUGGGACUGCGGAGGCCAAGAUGCUUUCAUGGACUCGUAUCUUUCAACGCAACAGUCGACCAUCUUCCAGCAUGUCGGCGUGCUUAUCUACGUCUUCGAGGUCGAGAGCCGAAGCGUCCAGCGUGAUCUGGAGUACUAUACCGAAUGCUUGCAAGCCCUCAGAAAAUUCAGUCCGGACGCUGCAGUGUUUUUGCUCGUGCACAAGAUGGAUUUAGUCCGGCCACCGAGGGGACCUGUGCUGGAGAAGAAAACAGCUGAGCUGAGGGCAGCUAGUGGCGACACCGAAAUCACCGUGUUUGGCACGAGUAUAUACGACGAGAGUCUCUAUAAGGCCUGGUCGCGAAUAGUGCACACCCUGAUACCUAAUGCCUCAGUCCUCACAAAGCACCUUGGGAAACUUGCCGAUGCGUGCAACGCAACAGAAGUGGUUCUCUUCGAGCGCACUACAUUCCUAGUCAUCGCUACAUCUUCUCAGCAGCCUCCCUCGCCACCAGCGCCUGCACCAUCUGACCUACCACCAGCCUCUGCUGCAUUAUCCUCGACGCCGUCAUCACUCUCUAGCUUCGGAUCACAUACCGAGCAUGGAUCUCUGGUACACCAAGAGGAUGACAACGACCCUCACAAACUCGAACCGACACGGUACGAGCGGACGUCUGAGUUGAUCAAGGCUUUCAAACACUCUUGCACUCGUGUCCGGGAAGAAUUUCAUGCACUUGAGAUGGAACUUGCAGACUUCACGGCGGUAUUAGACGAGCUAACGAAGAACACAUAUGUUCUGAUCGUGGCACAUGACCCCACCGUCGAGACCGCGGCUUUGAAGAUGAACAUCAGACUUGCUCGGAAAAAGUUUGAAGAACUGCAGAGCGAUAGCCUGCUAACCUAGCGAUGCUGUAAUGCGGAUUUUUCUAUGUUUUCCAUUUUCUGAUGUGAUUAACGGACGGUGUAUAUCCUUUUCUGAAUGCAUAAUGAACCGCACUUCACGCGAAGCGAUCUGUGCAUGCCAGAAUGAUGUGGUCCAGGCCGUGUAUGUGAUAUGUCGAAGUUCGUGAACGACGGGGCGUUCUAUUGCAUAAUGGUAUCAUCGGCGGUCUGGUCUGGGUAUACAGGCGUGUGCUCGUCUGCAGGCUGUUCGUUAAUCACCGCCCACACUGAUGCCUUGAACUAAAGUG